UCACCUCCUGCUGCCGCGUGACGUCACGAGCUGCUACACCGCGCUCGCUCUCCCAGAUCCGAGCUGAUGCUUCUGCUGAUGCUUCCUCUGCAGAAUUGGUCUGAUGGAGCAAAGGCACACAGCGCGGCUCGGUAGACAAAGACAACAAUGGGACCAGUAUGCAAGCAGCAUGGAUUCUACUGGAAAUGUUAAACAGGACCAGAGAUCUCCAACGGGAGAGAAACCCUUCAAGUGCAGUGUGUGUGGGAAGGCAUUUUCAUAUUCAUCUUAUCUUAAAAUACACCAGAGAACACACACAGGAGAGAAACCCUUCAAGUGCAGUGUGUGUGAGAUGGCAUUUUCACAGUCAUCUUAUCUUAAAAUACACCAGAGAACACACACAGGAGAGAAACCCUUCAAGUGCAGUGUGUGUUGUAAGACAUUUUCAAGAUCAAUUUAUCUUAAAAAACACCAGAGAACACACACAGGAGAGAAGGCCUUCAAGUGCAGUGUGUGUGAGAUGGCAUUUUUAGAUUCAUCAAAUCUUAAAAUGCACCAGAGAACGCACACAGGAGAGAAACCCUUUACGUGCAAUGUGUGUGGGAAGGCAUUUUCAAGUUCGUCUUAUCUUAAAAUACACCAGAGAAUACACACAGGAGAGAAACCCUUCAAGUGCAGUGUGUGUGAGUUGGCAUUUUCAAGUUCAUCUAAUCUUAAAAUCCACCAGAGAACGCACAAAGCAGAGAACCCCUUCAAGUGCAAUGUGUGUGAGAAGGCAUUUUCAAGUUCAUCUUAUCUUAAAAUACACCAGAGAACACACACAGGAGAGAAACCCUUCAAGUGCAGUGUGUGUUGGAAGACAUUUUCAAGUUCAUUUUAUCUUAAAAAACACCAGAUAACACACACAGGAGAGAAACCCUUCAAGUGCAGUGUGUGUGAGAUGGCAUUUUCACAGUCAUCACAUCUUAUAAUGCACCAGAGAACGCACACAGGAGAGAAACCCUUUACAUGCAGUGUGUGCGGGAAGGCAUUUUCAAGUUCGUCUUAUCUUAAAAUACACCAGAGAAUACACACAGGAGAGAAACCCUUCAAGUGCAGUGUGUGUGAGAUGGCAUAUUCAUAUUCAUCAAAUCUUAAAAUACACCAGAGAAUACACACAGGAGAGAAACCCUUCAAGUGUUCUCUGUGCGGGAAGGCGUUUGCACAGUCAACACAGCUUAAUACACACCAGAUAACACACUGGCAUCAGAAGACCCCCAAGGAGUGUAGUCUGAAAUCGACUUGUGAAAGUCAAAGUGCUGCAAUGAGCCCAUCCCUCCUGAAAAAAGAACCAGAAGUAAAUUCCAGCUUGGACACUAUGAAAUGUAUCAAGAUGAAAUUUGAAGAGGCGAAGGUGAAAUUUGAAGAGGCGACGGUGAAGAGCGAAGAAGUGACAGUGAAGAGCGAAGAAGUGAAGGUAAAAUGUGAAGAUGAACAUUCAACUCCAAAAUCGGACCUUCACAUCAAUGGAGGCACUCCAAAAUCGGACCUUCACAUCAAUGGAGGCACCGUGAAGCAGGAGGAGAAUUCUGACUGUGAGGCAGAGCGAGGCAACUCCCAGCAGUUUGUGGAAGUGGAGGUGUGGGUGGACUUCUUAGACAAUACAAAGUCAAAUGGAGAACCUGUAGAUGUGUAAGCUUGGGACAAUGAAGCUGCAAUAGAACGUGAAGUUGAACACUCCAUUCCUAGGUUCAACCUGCAGAGUAAGAGCGGUCAGUAUUUGUGGACCUGUGGGUUGGGUAGAUCUCUAAUUAGGAGCGAGAGCCAAUAAGCUCCCAAGCAUUCACUAUGUUAUAAACAGGACCCUGCGGGGUGGGCUGGUAGGAACGAAUAACCAAAGAAUAUAAACAAUGUAUUAUUACACUUGUUUAGCCAGGAAAGCCCCACCGAGUCUAAAGGUUUUUGUAGGGUCCUGCCAAGUGUUUGCAGUAGGGGGCGAUGUUGCUACACCUAAUCGGACGAUCCGAAGGGAGAUUUUGAGGCCUAGUUCUAGGCUUUAGGCCUAUCUGUAGGCUUUAAGGCGCUGUGACCUAAUUUGUAAUUUAAAUGUUUUAAUUGUUAAUGUAUAAUUUUAAUGUUUUAAUUAUUAAUGUAAAAGCUUUAAAUGUAAAUGUUUUUUUAUUUUUAAACAUCAGGGAAUGUAACAUUGUUAAACAUUAACUCCCUUUCACACACGCGGGGGUACGAUACGAAGGGAGACUGUGAGGCCUAGUUCUAGGCGUUAGGCCUAGCUGUAGGCUUUAGGGCGCUGUGAGUUUUUUUUAUUUAAUUUCAAAGUUUUAAUUAUAAUUAUUAAUGUAUAAUUUAAAUGCUUUAAUUAUUAAUGUAAAAGCUUUAAAUGUUAAUGUUUCUAUUUUAAAACAUCAGGGAAUGUAACAUUGUUAAACAUUAACUCCCUUUCACACACGCGGGGGUACGAUACGAAGGGAGACUGUGAGGCCUAGUUCUAGGCUUUAAGCCUAGCUGUAAGCGUUAGGCCGCUGUGAGUUAAUUUUUUAUUUAAAUAUUUUAAUGAUUUAUGUAAAAGCUUUAAAUUUAAAUGUUUCUAUUUAAAAACAUCAGGGAAUGUAACAUUGUUAAACAUUAACUGCCUUGCACACACGCGGGGGUACGAUACGAAGGGAGAUUUUUUGGCGUAUUUCGAGGCUUUAGGCCUAGCUGUAGGCUUUAGGGCGCUGUGAGUUAAAUUUGAAUUUAAAAGUUUUAAUUAAAAGCUAUCUCAGGGAAUUAUAAGGUAAUGUUACACUUGUUUAGCCAGGAAAGCCUCAUUAAUUUAAAUGUUUUAAUUAAAAGCUAUCUGAGGGAAUUAUAAGGGAAUGUUACACUUGUUUAGCCAGGAAAGCGUCACUGAGUCUAAAGGUUUUUGUAGGGUCAUGCCAAGUGUUUGCAGUAGGGGGCGAUGUUGCUACACGGACGGACGGUCGGACGGACGGUCAGGCGGACGGACGAAAUCAUCUAUUGUAGGCUGGUCCACUUCGUUCCUACCAGUAUACUAUUAACAUUUAUAUGGUGCUUGCUUAAUUGCCUCAGCAACUCGGAGUUUUCUAUCAUAUCUCAUCACAAACACUCAAAGAGCACGCCUUUUGGCGUCCUCUGGAUUAACACCGUUUGAUACUAGGCUCGAAAGAAAGCUGUCUCUGGUGUGGACCAAUCAGUUUCAAAGACAAUGCAUAUGUUGUGUCCUAUGACUAGCCACACAAUGAUCCGAGGGGAGAGAAAUUCACGUAAAGACAGAGACACGACCCAUACAUCGAGACUACUGCAAGUUACAGAAGACUACAAGCGACAGAGAGUACUGCGACGGGCAGACUCCGGGGCAUGUGUCUCGCAGAGAAGAGGGGCGAGGUGAUGCUUGGUGCUGAGUUCGGCAUGGACUGACAGUAUCGCUGAGAGUUUCAUUCUACAUUUAUCCUGAUGUUUUGAGUCGCAUGCAAAGUCAAGGAUUGCGAUGAGUUGUAUUGUAAUAAGCUUUCACAGUUGUUUAAGAGGUGUGCAAAUACAAUUUACAAGUUUUGAGAGUGAGUUCCAGCUCCCAUGAGCAGCUGCGAUCGGCAGGCUCCGGGGAAACUGCCCCCGUGACUGGCACAUCGUCAACGAGCUGCACCAGCAGAAGCCACGAGUCUACGAAAUAAACACAAAGAGUUACUUACUGCAAGCAGCAAGAUCUGGGGUGGGACUCUAGCAAUGGUUCACCGAGUACGAGCUCGGCGCUGACAGAAGAAGUAUCUCUCAAAGUUAUUCUACACUGAGUGCCAGCUCCCACGAGCAGCUGCAGCCCAGGAGAUAGAGUGACGAGCAACGACGAGCAAUCAACCGGGAGAAAGGGUGGACGCCCAAGCAUCGACCAAGCCAGCAUCGCAGAGAACCAGCUGCACGGUCAACCAGGCAUCGCCAGAGAGCACGGAGCCGGAGAGAGAGCGUAGCAGCGCCACCGAGCAAGGGUGUCAGCUGCCAGCGGACAAGCGGCGAGCGCUGUCGAGCACCUUCAAAGACAAACAUCGUGCCGACUCUGCUCAUCCAGCAGGGUAAAGAGCCUGACCAGCUGCCCGUGAGGAGGAGGAGAGCGCCAGCGAGAGCGCCGUGGGUUCGACCCACACACACCGACCAGCACCAGCUGUGAACCAAGACACGAGUGAGGAACGGCGACCUGCAGACGAGCUGCGGGCGCUAUCUGACGACGGAAUCAUCGCGCACCGCCGACGGCGAGAGUCGUGCAGACUCUUCACCCAGCAGUGGGCAGCAGCUCCAGCUGUCGCCGAGCAAGAGAGAGAGCGAGGAAGCUGUGUACAUGACUCUCCCCCACACUCGCAUACCACGUAUCAUCCAGCGUCUUCUUGACGCAAAGAAUUGAUCAAGGAGACAAAACCACCAAACACACACAUACCGCACAUACCGGGACUAAUAAUAAUAAAAAUAAUGAUAAGAGUGUGUCAAGUAUUAUCUGAUAGUGAAGAACAUUGCUGCCCAUUGAGUCACGUGGAUACGGUCGUUGAGAAGUUUUUUUAGUCGUUCUUUUUGUUAAUUUUAACUGUACCGAUGAAUUCAUUGACGAAACUAAACGUUUAGAAACCUACGUUACGAAUCCACACACUCACAGGGAGACUCUUGUGUUGAAAUCUUUCUUUUGAUCACAGAAUCUUGCCCGCUAUUUUAUUGAAGCCUUAGCCAAUUGAUAAGCAUUUGCUGAAGCAGGCACACUGUGCCGCACACCAUUGUUCCAAGACAUUUAGUUAAUUAAAUAUUCUACCAAUGAAUUCAUUAAGGUCUAUAUUUGCAUUCGGGACAUGUUUCUUUAUUGCCGUUUGUAUGAAUAUCGUCACAUUAAUUUUUAAGGACUUUAUCCUAUGCUCGCGUUACUCUGAGGAAUUAACCGAUUGCUCUGUUACCCAGUUUAACAACGUAAUCAUUGAGGGUUAAAUGUAAGGAUCAAUGAGGAGCACAUCUCCAGGAGUACAGUGUUGACAAUUCCAAGCAUAAGAGUUCGCAUAUUAGAGUUAUGUUUUUGUUUAGAAAUUAAAGUUGCUUAACACAGAAGUGUCUGAAUGGUUCCUUCCUAAGUUCAUGCAUAAUGAUCUUAUUUAUAAGAACUGUAUCCUUUGGCGAGAUCUGAAUUCUGAGACCUGAUAGAAUUACACUAAAACAUAAUCAGUAAAAGUUAAAGCGAGAAUCUUUGUGUUAUCACGAUUAGUAAGAAGACGAUUUUUUCACGGAC